AUGUCGGCGAACUAUCCUAAUAUCAGCCCAAAACUAUGGUCCAUUAUUGCACCACAUGUGCCUCAAUCGUCACCAGAACAAGACCCCUCAACCUUAUCAUCUUAUCUUAAGUUCAAAGUCGAGAAGUCGAUUCUGGACUUGAAGGUUAAAUUCACGGACAAGAUUCUCGAUGGUUCUGUAACAUACAUCAUAAAACCUCUGGUCGAUACCAAAGAGUUAGUUCUGGACACUGCUCAUCUCAAAAUCAAAAACGUAACAAUCAACGGUACCAUCCAGUCUUUUGAGCUGAAACCAAGCAACGGACCUUUAGGCGUUCCUUUGUAUGUUAACUACGAUUUCAAAGCGGACGAGGGUUUCAAGCUGGAAAUUUCUUACGAAACGACCAAAAAAGGUACCGCUUUGCAAUGGCUCGAGCCACCCCAGACUGACGGCAAAAAGCUUCCAUACUUGUUCUCCCAAUGCGAGGCUAUCCAUGCCCGCUCAUUCUUCCCGUGCUUUGAUACUCCCUCCGUGAAAAGUCCGUUCGAAUUCAAUAUCCAAUCCUCUCUUCCGGUGUUGAUGUCUGGUUUGUUGUCUAAGAAGACACCUUUGGAAAACGGAAUUACCCUCUACAACUUCUACCAGCCGGUUCCAAUCCCAUCUUACCUGUGUUCCAUCGCUUCUGGGGACCUCAAAGACGCACCAAUAGGGCCACGCUCCAGAGUUUGGACGGAACCCAGCUUUUUGGAGGCCUGUCAAAACGAGUUCAAGGAUGAUACUGAGAAUUUCAUCAAGACUGCAGAAAGCCUUGUAUUCGAGUAUGAGUGGAAGGACUACGAUGUUUUAGUGCUUCCUCAGUCGAUGCCUUUUGGUGGCAUGGAACAUCCUAACUGCACUUUCGCCACUCCAACCUUGAUUUCUGGUGACAAAGAGAAUGUCGAUGUCAUUGCGCACGAAUUGAGCCACAGUUGGGCAGGCAAUCUUGUAACCAAUGGCUCCUUCGAACACUUCUGGCUCAAUGAGGGAUGGACUGUUUAUUUGGAGCGCAGAAUCCUAGAGAGAUUGCAUGGAGAAAAGCAUAGACAUUUUAGCUCCAUCAUUGGAUGGACUGAUCUGGAAAAUUCAAUUGCUGCUAUGGGCAGCACAGCUUCGAGAUACAGCAAGUUGGUGCUCAAUUUAAAGCACGGUGAUGAUCCAGACGAUUCCUUCAGUACAGUUCCUUACGAAAAAGGCUUCAACCUUUUGUUCCACAUUGAACAAACCCUUGGCAGCAAGGAAGCAUUCGACCCAUUCAUCAAGCAUUACUUCGAGAAGUUCAAGUACAAGUCAUUGGAUACAUAUCAAUUUUUAGAUACUCUUUACGAGUUCUAUUCUGAUAAGAAGGAUCUACUUGAUACCAUUGACUGGGAGACAUGGUUGUAUGCUCCAGGUCUGCCUCCAAAACCAGAUUUUGACACCACUCUUGCUGAUGAGUGUUUUUCGCUCGCGGGAAGAUGGAUCAAGGUGAUAAGUAACGCUCCUGAUUCGUUGGAGUCCGAUUUUUCGCCCUCCGACAUCGAGAACUUCACAUCUAACCAGAAUGGCGUAUUUUUGGACAAGCUUGUUUCUUAUCAGAAUCAAGAUGGAUUUGAUUGGAGCUCCAAAAAUGGGCAGAAGGCAAUUCGAAUCAUGAAAAAGAAGUACACCAAGUAUGAGAAUUCCAGCAACGCUGAGGUCAUUUUCAGAUGGUUCCGACUGUUGCUGACUGCCCAAAUUCAAUCUGAAUACCAAAAGCUUGCCGACUGGCUGGGUACUGUUGGUAGAAUGAAAUUUGUUAGACCGGGAUAUGUGCUACUUAACGAGGCCGACAGGGAGCUGGCCAUAGCCACCUUCAAAAAAUAUGAGCAAAGCUACCAUCCAAUCUGCAAGGCCAUGGUGAUGAAAGAUCUCGGUCUGAACUAA